UCUUUUCGUUUGCUAAGAAAAAUGCACCAAUAACUAAAACAGAGCAUUUCCUUACAAUUUUUUUUCCUUUUAAUUCUUCUUUCUUGAUAAAGCUAAAAUUUUCUACGUAUGGUUGGAAACAUAGAGAGAGCAGCAGCAAUGUUGAACUCAAUUAUCCCAAGAAGGAAAUGAUUUUUCAAGUGGGGCUUCAAGCUUCUACAAUGAUAUAGUUAAGAAAAUAAUGGAGGAUUGCAACAACAGAGGAGAAAUUCAGGCAAAUUUAAAUAAGCAGUGCUCAUCAAAAUCAGGUAGCAGUUUGAAAUAUACGAUAUCUGGAAGAUCAACUCCACAACACUCUCCUUCAUUUCGGCGACCACAUUCUAGUUUAACACCAAGAAGAGAAAGCAGGGGUGGCACACAGUGCUUUGGGAGAAACCGGUUACUAUGGUGGUUGUUUCUGAUUACCCUUUGGGCUUAUCUUGCAUUUUCUGUUCAGUCCAGGUGGGCACAUGAUGAUAAUAAGAAUGAGGAAUUAUCCGGCUUUGGAAGCAGGCCAAUUGAUACAAUCUCAGACAGUGAACACAAUCAUCAUCAUGAUUUGAUUGCCAAAAACAAUUCCUUAUAUGUUAAUAUUGAAAAAGUUGAGAACAAGGUGGUGAUUGGUAACACAAUGGAUGUAGCUUUGGCCAAGAAAGAAAAUGAUGUUCCAUCAAAACUUAAAACUAACUCAAAGAAAAGGAGGAGGCGAUCAAUGCAUGCUUUGAGAGGUAAGACACGCGGUAAGAAGAAGCUUAAGCAAAAAGUUGAGAGCAGUGGUAUAGAGGAACAGGAGCCAGAAAUUCCUCAAAGGAAUAGUACCUACGGAUUCCUUGUUGGUCCAUUUGGUUCAAUAGAGGAUAGAAUUCUUCAACGGAGACCUGAGAAGCGUUUUGAAACAUGUAACAAGAAGGAGGACUUUUCACACCUUGUUUGGUCCAAGAGGUUUGUGUUGAUAUUUCAUGAGCUUUCUAUGACUGGAGCUCCACUUUCAAUGCUGGAGUUGGCAACCGAACUCUUGAGUUGUGGAGCUUCUGUUUCAGCUGUUGUGCUUAGCAAGAAGGGUGGUUUGAUGCAAGAGCUUGUUAGGAGACGAAUCAAGGUGCUUGAAGACAAAGCAGAUCUCAGCUUCAGAACUGCAAUUAAGGCAGAUCUUGUCAUUGCUGGAUCAGCUGUCUGUGCUUCAUGGAUUGAACAAUACAUUGAACAUUUUCCCGCUGGUGCAAAUCAUGUUGCUUGGUGGAUUAUGGAAAACCGACGAGAGUACUUUAAUCGUUCAAAGGAUGUCUUGCAGAAAGUGAAGAUGUUGGCUUUUCUUUCCGAAUCUCAAUCUAAGCAAUGGCAAAAAUGGUGUGAAGAAGAAAGCAUAAAAUUAAAAUCUCAACCUGCACUUGUUCCAUUGUCUGUUAAUGAUGAACUAGCUUUAGUAGCUGGAAUUCCUUCUACACUUAAUAUUACAUCUUUUAUUGCUAAGAACAUGGAUGAGAAGAGGAUGUUGAUGCGAGAUUCAGUAAGAAGAGAAAUCGGCUUAACAGAUAAUGAUCUGCUUGUGAUAUCUCUCAGUAGCAUCAACCGUGGGAAGGGUCAACUACUGCUUCUUGAAUCAGCAAGUUCCAUUGUAGAACAUAGACCAUUGCAAGAUGAUAAGAAAAUCAAUGAAUCAUCAGAUGAUGGAGAAUACCUAUCUGUCAUGGCUAGAAGACAUCGAGUUAGAGAAUUGUUGCCAUUAAGGAGGAAAGUGUUGUCACACGACAAUGGAACAAUGAAACAAUCUCUCAAAGUUCUCAUUGGUUCUGUGGGAUCUAAGAGUAACAAGGUGGAUUAUGUUAAACGUCUUCUAAGUUUCUUGUCACAACAUUCAAACUUGUCUCAGUCAGUUUUGUGGACACCAUCCACAACGCAUGUUGCCUCACUUUACUCUGCUGCAGAUGUUUAUGUCAUAAACUCUCAGGGAUUGGGAGAAACUUUUGGACGGGUGACUAUAGAAGCAAUGGCAUUUGGUCUUCCGGUGCUUGGAACAGAUGCUGGAGGAACGCAAGAGAUUGUUGAGCAUAAUGUGACAGGUCUUCUUCAUCCUAUUGGACGCCCAGGGAAUCAUGUUCUUGCACAGAAUCUUCGGUUUUUACUUGAAAACCGGUUGGCAAGAGAGCAAAUGGGGAUGCAAGGAAGAAAAAAGGUGCAGAGGAUGUACUUGAAGCAUCAUAUGUAUAAGAAAUUUGUAGAGAUUCUUGUAGGUUGCAUGAGAAGUAAAUAA